AUGCGCGUUCCGUCACCAGUCGAAAGUACCCGAUGGUUGCCUUCCGCGUCGACCAGUGCCAAGUUGUUUGGUGUCGGCGCGACGAUCGGUCCCGUUGUGGAUAGCUUACACAAUCAAGUGUUGCUGCGGUACAACAUCGCCCCCAUUACCAUUGACUGGCCCUCCUCGUGGGCCGGGACGAGUGAUUCGACUUUGAUUGCGACCACUGCCUCUCAUUUCUUUUGUUCCAGUUGGACUGUGCCCCCGUUGCUUGGCGUUGCUUAUAUAGUUCUCGGCGGUAUACUGCCUCGGCUCUUUCAGAAAGGUAUCAAUGCGGUCUCUCCGUCUCUCACUGACCAACCGAGUGUAGAUGAUUCCCAGAACGAAUCGACGUUGGAGCGUACGUUGCGCUGGAAAGCGAUCCUUGCCGUACUCAGUACCGCCGCGAUCAUUCAGCUUUCGGACUUCUGGACCACGCAUCCCGACGCCACCCGCGCCGUACUAGGAACUCUGAUCGAACAACCUGCCGAGCAGCAUAUUCUAGCCUUGCUGCUGUUGGCGCUUUUACAGUGGGCCGUCCUCGACGGUACCUUGGCUGCCUUGCUGGUGGCCUCGAUAACUUCCAUCGGCGGUCCGCUGUCGGAACUCCCUUUGGUCGCGGCCAACGUUUGGACCUACCUGCCGUCCGCUGCCGAUUACACACCGUUGCUCAAUAUUGAGUGGCCGCUGCUGGCGAGUCUUCUGGGCGACGAUUACGCUACUCUGGCUCUGUCGAGUAUCACGGGACCGUGCUACUUUGCGGUCACCAUGGAUGCGAUUGCCCUCGCUAGGUGGUUCGACGUCAAUGCACGAGUCGAAAUCAGCAAGGACCGGUAG